UCUCUUCUUCUUUUCCAAAUCCCAAUCUCAAUCCCUAAUUGUGUUUGUAUAAACCCUAAUCAUCAAAUAUCAAACCCGAUAGGAACUUUGUUCCUAUCAUUUGGUAUCAAAGUCUGGUUCCGAGAGCGAGUUCGUCACAACUCUCAACCAGGGUAAACUUCUUACCAAUAAGAGCCCCGAUGAGUACAUCACGACUCACCGUUAAGGAGCUGCUCGACCAGCUGGAGGCGACUCUCGAGGCCAUCAGGGCCAAGAGGAAGGUGGUGGUUGGCGGCUCGACGGUCGCCCUUGCGGUAGUUCGGACCGAAGCAACUCCCAAGGCAUGGCCGAAUGACGUUGUUUUCGCAGUGAUGGCAGAGGCAGAAGAGAAGAUUCCUGUCGAAGCGGGUUCCGACGUGGAGGCGGAGGCGACGGCUCUAGUCGAGCUACUGGAGAAGGCUUCGACUCAAGGGGAGGAGCGAUCGGGGACGAGACAAGACGCGACCCGAAACUGACUCUUGUUCGCCAGGAGGUGGGCUCGAUGCCGGGGUGGGGUAAGAAGGAAGCGGCGGGAUGCUGGUCGGGUUCGACAGAGCAGCGAAGUGAGCGCUUGGCUGUCGCGGCAACAUCGAUCGACUAGGAGGAGGCGGCAGAAGUCGGCCGGACUGGCCGUCAGGGAAUCUAUUCGCGGCCGAAGGAGAUGCUGAAGUCGAAUAAGGAGAUGGAGGAGGGCAGCGGCGAGUUCUUUCAACACCCAAACCCUAGAUCGCAGGACUUGGGUCAACAACGGCUGGGUUCGAUGGGCCGUACGAGUGCUUGGGCCGCCUGGCGGGCGGAUCAAGCUUUGAGUCAACUCAUAUAAGCCUUGGCGGGCUGAAGCGGAUGAAAAAGAAGUGCGCUACGAGAGGUGGAGUUGCAGGCUGAAACCAAGAGGAAGGUGGGAUGUACAAGGUCUUGGGUGCAGGCUGAACAAGAAAAAGGUCAAUGGGGUUUCAAAUGAAGGAUGAGCAGUGUUUUCGGAGCAGGCCUAGGACUCAGCCAGGCCAUCGACUGGGCUCAAUGGCUUGGGAAGGGAUGGUGCAUAAUUGGAAGACAAGAAAGCGAAAGAAAUGGAGGAAUCAACGCGUCAGUUGCGA